AUGUACGCUGUACAUGACCAUGUGGAUUUUGUCCUUGGAAAAGGUGAACGUGACCUUUAUUGGACUCCGGAGAAGAAGCAGUCAGAACCUUCCAGAGGAAGAAAAAGAAAAGCAGACACCCAGAGUGAAAGCAGCCAAGGAAAGAAUAUUGGGGGACGUGGUCACAAGAUUAGCGACUAUUUUGAGUACCAAGGUGGAAACGGCUCCAGUCCAGUGCGAGGCGUACCUCCCGCAAUCCGAUCUCCACAGAAUUCACAUUCCGCUCCUUCUUCUGUUCGACAGAAUAGUCCUUCUCCUACUUCGUUAGCUUUCGGGGACCACCCUAUCACACAGCCAAAGCAGUUAUCUUUCAAAAUUACUCAGACUGAUCUCACAAUGCUGAAAUUAGCUGCACUCGAAAGUAAUAAAAAUCAAGACUUGGAAAAGAAGGAAGGUCGUAUAGAUGACUUACUCAGGGCUAACUGUGAUCUUAGAAGACAAAUAGAUGAACAACAAAAGCUACUUGAAAAAUAUAAAGAAAGGUUAAACAAAUGUAUUUCAAUGAGCAAGAAGCUUCUAAUUGAAAAGAGCACGCAGGAAAAGCUGGCAAGCAGAGAGAAGAGCAUGCAAGACAGAUUACGCCUGGGGCAUUUUACAACAGUUCGUCAUGGUGCUUCAUUUACUGAACAGUGGACAGAUGGCUUUGCAUUUCAAAAUCUUGUGAAGCAGCAAGAAUGGGUGAAUCAACAAAGGGAAGACAUUGAAAGGCAAAGAAAGCUCCUGGCCAAGCGAAAGCCUCCAACUACAAAUAAUUCUCAGGCACCAUCUGCCAAUUCUGAACCCAAGCAGAGGAAAAAUAAAGCUGUGAAUGGGGCAGAAAACGAUCCCUUUGUUAGACCCAAUUUACCACAGCU